GACUGACACCAACAUGAAUUGGGCUGAAGACGACUUCGAUCCGCCCCCUGGCACCUAUCGGCUCGACCUCUCUCAGCCGGUCAAUGAGCGAACCUACGUCAUGUACCACGGGACCACCAGGGCGUACGCCACAAGCAUCCUGAAGUCCAAGCAUUUCCAACAGUCCUCGGAUGGGAUGCUCGGCCGUGGUGUCUACCUCAGCAGAGACCUGCAGAAAGCUAGCCGUUAUCCUAUUAAUCACCCUGAGUACGACAGAGUUGUCAUUAAGGUCAAGGUACGGGUUGGAAAAGUGAUCGUGAUCAAUAACCAGAAACACCCACUUCAGAAGACCUGGCACAACCACGGGUAUGACACCGCCUGGGUGCCCCCCCACUGUGGGAUGGUGAAGAGCGGCCUGGAGGAGGAUUGUGUCUGGGAUCCGGCUCGAAUCCAGAUCAUUCAAAUCAUCAACCCGACUUGAACAUCUGAGCAGAGCCAGAUCUCUCGGCUUGGCCUCUCUGAGCCGGUUAAUGGUCGAACCUACGUCAUGUACCACGGGACCACCAGGGCGUGCGCCGAAGACAUCCAGAAGUCCGGUUUCCAACAGUCCUCGGAUGGGAUGCUCGGCCGUGGUGUCUACCUCAGCAGAGACCUGCAGAAAGCUAGCCGUUAUCCUAUUAAUCACCCUGAGUACGACAAGGUCGUCAUUAAGGUCAAGGUACGAGUUGGAAAAGUGAUCGCCAUCAAUCACCAGAAUCACCCGCUUCAGAAGACCUGGCACGACCACGGGUAUGACACCGCCUGGGUGCCCCCCGACUGUGGGAUGGUGAAGAGCGGGCUGGAGGAGGAUUGUGUCUGGGAUCCGGCUCGAAUCGAGAUCAUUCAAAUCAUCAAACCGACUCGAACACCUAAGCACGGCCAGAUGUCACCAGAAACGACUGACACCAACAUGAAGUGGGCUGAAGACGACUUCGAUCCGCCCGCUGGCACCUAUCGGCUCGACCUCUCUCAGCCGGUUGAUGAUCGAACCUACGUCAUGUACCACGGGACCACCAGGGCGUGCGCCGCAGCCAUCCAGAAGUCCAAGCAUUUCCAACAGUCCUCGGAUGGGAUGCUAGGCCGUGGCGUCUACCUCAGCAGAGACCUGCAGAAAGCUAGCCGUUAUCCUAUUGAUCACCCUGAGUACGACAAGGUCGUCAUUAAGGUCAAGGUACGAGUUGGAAAAGUGAUCGCCAUCAAUCACCAGAAUCACCAGUUUCAGAAGACCUGGCACAACCAUGGGUAUGACACCGCCUGGGUGCCCCCCGACUGUGGGAUGGUGCCGAGCGGCCUGGAGGAGGAUUGUGUCUGGGAUCCGGCUCGAAUCCAGAUCCUUAAAAUCAUCAACCCGACUUGAACAUCUGAGCACAUCCAGAUAAGGACUGACACCAACAUGAAGUGGGCUGAAGACGACUUCGUUCUGCCCCCUGGGAGCUCUCGGCUUGGACUCUCCCAGCCGGUCAAUGGUCAAACCUACGUCAUGUACCACGGGACCACCAAGAAGUGCGCCGCAGCCAUCCUGAAGUCCGGUUUCCGACCGUCCUCGGAUGGGAUGCUCGGCCGUGGUGUCUACCUCAGCAGAGACCUGGAGAAAGCUAGCCGUUAUCCCCUUGAUCACCCUGAGUCCGACAGAGUUGUCAUUACGGUCCUGGUACGGGUUGGAAAAGUGAUCGCGAUCAAUCGCCAGAAUCACCAGUUUCAGAAGACCUGGCACGACCACGGGUAUGACACCGCCUGGGUGCCCCCCGGCUGUGGGAUGGUGAAGAGCGGCCUGGAGGAGGAUUGUGUCUGGGAUCCGGCUCGAAUCCAGAUCCUUAAAAUCAUCAACCCGACUUGAACAUCUGAGCAGAGCCAGAUGUUAGCGGUUUACUUUUAGCUUAUUUUAUAUAUUGGAAUAAAAAUAUUUUCAUACAAUUAUCAAAUCUGCUAAAUAAACCUGAGAAGCUGUUUGUGGAAAA